CGCCCGGGCCCGCGAGCUGCGGCCUCCGGGACCCGGCGCCCGCCGCCGCUCAGCCGGGACGCGACCCCGCAGCCACGCGCGGCCCUUGGCGCUAUGGACCCGGCGCUGGCCGCGCAGAUGGGCGAGACGGUGGCGGAGAAGAUGCUCCAGUACCGGCGAGACAAGUCAGGAUGGAAAAUUUGCCGGGAAGCCAAUGGAGUCUCGGUUUCCUGGAGGCCAUCUAUGGAGUUUCCAGGGAACCUGUACCGGGGAGAAGGCAUCGUGAAUGGGACGCCAGACAAGGUGUGGGGCUGCGUUAAGCCACUUGCUGGGACCCUGAGAGACCAGUGGGAUGAGAAUGUGAGCAGCUUUGAAAUUGUCGAAAGCAUCACGGAUACGCUGUGUGUCAGCAGAACCGCCACCCCCUCGGCCGCCAUGAAGCUCAUUUCCCCCAGAGAUUUCGUGGACUUGGUGUUGGUCAAGAAGUACGAGGAUGGGACUCUCAGCUCCAACGCUGUCAACGUGGAACAUCCGUCGUGCCCCCCGAGGCCGGGGUACGUGAGAGGAUUCAACCACCCUUGUGGUUGCUUCUGUGAACCUCUGCCCGGGGAGCCCGACCGGACCCACCUGGUCACAUUCUUCCAGACUGACCUCAGCGGGUACCUCCCACGGAGUGUGGUGGACUCCUUCUUCCCCCGCAGCAUGGCUGGCUUCUACGCCAACCUGGAGAAAGCCGUGAAGAAAUUCUACAGCUGACGCGCUCGCCCGCUGGCCCAGAACUUGCGUCGCCCGUCACAGAGCUCCAGGUGCUGGGGUACCGCUUUUCCCUCUGUGGAAGCCGCUUGGGGACCGCUCGUCUCCCAAGAGGCCGGCCAGAGAGGCCCCCCUGUCCCGCUCCUUCUCCUCCCACUCGGGGCCCUCUGGGGGGACCCGCCCCGGCGCCCUGUGUGCCGGCUGUCUGCACACCUCCUCCAGCCGGCGCACCCAGCCCUCCAGCCGCCGCCCACAGGGUGAUACUCCGCGGUCCAAAUUUCCGUGCCAGUCACUGUCUGAGACUUCCUGUCCCUGUUGGUCAGAGGGAACCCCUGUCGGUACCGGAAACCAGGCUCUCCCGCCUCUUCAGCGUCCGGGACUCUGUCCGACCUGUUGCCGCAGACCUGACAUCUGUUUUCCUGAUGACACCGCACCAGGGUCUCCCCUUUAAAAAGAUGUCCCUGAAAAAAAAGCUCUGAAAAUACUGCUUUAACGAUGAGAUGAGCGUUAAGGAAAAAUACGUCCAAUA